AUGGAUUCAUCAGAAGAAUCGGUAAAGGUGACCAAGCCUACCGUCGGGAUCACAGUCAUCACCAUCAACCGCCACAAACGGCGAAACGCAGUGGACGCUGAAACCGCGAAGAAGCUAUAUGCUGCCGUGCUGGCUUUCGAAGAUGAUCCUGAGCAAAAGGUUGCAGUACUCAACGGCGCCAAUGGCACCUUCUGCGCUGGUUACGAUCUCCAUACCGUGGGCAAAUCUGGUCCCAACAUAUCCACUGCUCCAGACGAUCAAAGUUUCUCAGCAGAAAGAUCUCAGGGGCCUAUGGGUCCCUCACGGUUGCAAGUGAAGAAACCUCUAAUAUGUGCUGUCUCUGGGUACGCUGUUGCUGGAGGUCUCGAACUCAGUUUGCUCGGUGACAUGCGUGUCGUCGAGGAGGAUGCUGUUUUCGGCGUGUUCUGCCGGCGAUGGGGUGUACCUCUAAUAGACGGUGGUACAAUCCGUCUACGGGCCAUCGUUGGACUUGGAAGAGCACUCGACAUGAUACUUACUGGACGUCCCGUUGGAUCACAGGAAGCUUUAGCUAUGGGAUUGGCUAACAGAGUCGUCCCGAAAGGCAAGGCUCUUGAGGAAGCACUGACGAUAGCAAAACAGCUACUUGAGUUCCCCCAAAUCUGCAUGAACUCGGACAGAGAAUCCUGUUAUCAUGCUUGCUAUGAUGCCAAGUCGAUGGAAGACGCUCUCAGGUUCGAAUUCGCUGCAGGUCGCAACGCAUUGAAGGCCGAAGGUGCAGCUGGAGCGCAGAGAUUCAGCAGCGGCAGUGGCAGGCAUGGCAACUUUUCGAAGUUGUAG